AACAUGAACUAUAGUUUUGGAUUUUCGAAAAGGAAAAUGUAUUUUACGGUGUAGAUGGGGCAAGGAAGAUGAUUGUGGAACAGUCAAUUAGAGUCGCCUUCCUUAGGCGGGGUUUUAGCUUGUGGGAGGGGGAGAAAAUCUUUGUAGCAGCGUUUCGGAGUUGGGAAUUUGGACUCGCGGUCACUCUUGACUCGAGACGAGGACAGGCUGGGGAGAAAUACGCGGACUAUAUUUCUGUGCUUCUCGGGGCCCAGUAAAGAGAGAGCAUCGAUGCUUCAAGAACACCACCAGCAUGCUGCACAAAAACUACUUUCAUGGUGUUGUCUGUGGAACUGUUUGGUUCUGGCCUCCUCUCUCGCCAGACCCAUUUUUCCAGCCCACUCUCUCCGUGUCCUAAAUUUUAUCUCAUGACUUUUUUUCCCCUCUAGGUUUCUAUUUUUUCAAUUCGUUGUUUGGGGAAAUUCAGAUCCUGUGUGCUGCAAGAUUUUGAUUCAGCUUCAGAGCGGCGGGUUUGUUAAUUUUCAUGGACGUUAACUUUCUCAGGUUGUUGCAACGUAAAAUGGUUCUGGGUAUGUACAGCUCUGUUGACUUGGAUAGAGUGGAUUGGGUAUCAUGGCAUUAGACAAUAUUGCUACAUAAGUACAUAGUGUUUUAAGUUAGUGCAAAAGGAUGACUUUGGAUUUGGUUACAAGUGCCUCUGUUGUGCCUGCUUCAGAAGUUCUUUCUCAAGCCGUGGAGGGCAUUCUUGAAAUUGUGGUCGCUGCCAAUGAUGUCCUUAUUGAGAAGGAGAGCUUUGUGGAACUUGGCAAGUACCUGGAAAGGGUCGUCCCUGUUCUAAAAGAGUUGAAUAGAAACAGCACCACUCAUCCUGAGAGCUUGGUAAAUGCCAUCAACAUUCUCAGCGAAGCAAUUAAAAUUGCAAAGCAGCUAACACUGGAGUGCAGCAAGAGAAACAAAGUAUAUCUCUUAAUGAAGUGCAGGGGGAUAGUUCAACGCAUACAGAAGACUACAAGAGAUAUCAGCCAUGCACUUAGCCUCAUUCCUCUGGCCUCACUGGAUCUUUCAUCAGGUAUAAUUGAAGAGAUUGGAAAGCUACGGCAUAUUAUGGAGGGAGCUGAAUUUAAGGCAGCUAUGGCAGAGGAAGAGAUUCUGGAGAAAAUUGAAUCAGGAAUAGAGAAGAGGAACGUUGAUCGUUCCUAUGCUAAUAAGUUGCUUGUUCUCAUUGCAGAAGCUGUUGGAAUUUCAACAGAGCGGUCAAUACUGAAGAAGGAAUUUGAAGAAUUUAAGAGUGAAAUAGAAAAUGCACGGCUGAGAAAGGACCAGGCAGAAGCCAUACAAAUGGACCAAAUAAUUGCUUUGCUGGAAAGGGCAGAUGCUGCUUCAUCCCCCAGGGAGAAAGAAAUGAAAUAUCUCAGCAAGCGGAAUUCUUUGCGUAGCCAGCCAUUAGAACCUCUCCAGUCAUUUUAUUGCCCAAUCACACGGGAAGUUAUGGUGGAACCAGUGGAAACUUCUUCAGGGCAGACAUUUGAGAGAAGUGCGAUUGAGAAGUGGUUUGCAGAUGGGAAUAAAUUAUGUCCCCUCACAAGGACCCCUUUGGACGCAUCAGUUCUACGGCCUAAUAAAACCUUACGGCAAUCAAUUGAAGAAUGGAAGGAUAGAAACACAAUGAUUACAAUUGUUUCAAUGAAACCAAAACUCCAAUCAGAUGAGGAGGAAGAUGUGCUUCAUUCCCUAGGACAGCUACAAGAUCUAUGUCAGCAAAGAGACCUACACCGGGAGUGGGCUAUUCUGGAAAACUAUGUACCAGUUCUUAUUGAACUUCUUGGCACAAAGAAUCGUGACAUAAGGAAUCAUGCUCUUGUUGUUCUUUGCAUCCUAGCAAAGGACAGUGAUGAUGCAAAGGAAAGAGUUGCUAAAGUUGAUAAAGCAAUUGAAUAUAUUGUUCGCUCUCUUGGACGUCGUCCUGGGGAAAGGAAGUUAGCGGUGGCAUUACUAGCAGAAUUAUCAAAAAAUGAUAUGGUUCGAGACAGCAUUGGAAAGACUCAGGGUUGUAUAUUACUCUUGGUGACUAUGUCAAGUAGUGAUGACAAUGAGGCUGCUAGAGAUGCAAAGGAGCUUUUGGAGAACCUCUCAUUCUCAGAUCAAAAUGUUAUACAGAUGGCAAAGGCAAAUUAUUUUAAAUAUUUGCUGCAGCGUCUUUCUUCAGGACCGGAAGAUGUCAGAAUGAUCAUGGCAAAGACUUUGGCAGAAAUGGAGUUGACUGACCACAAUAAAUCUUCUCUUAUGGAAGGUGGUGCACUGGGAUCUCUUCUCUACUUGGUUUCACAUGGAAAUAUUAUGACAAAGCAAGUGGCUGUUAAAGCCCUCGAAAACCUCGCUAGCUUACCGAGAAAUGGUCUGCAGAUGAUCAGAGAAGGUGCAGUUAGGCCAUUACUUGACCUUCUUCUCUGUUACAAUUUGCCAUCCGUAUAUUUGUCUGAACAAGUAGCAGCCACACUUAUGCAACUUGCCAUAUCAACUGUGGGUCAAGAAACCAACCAGACACCAGUGUCAUUGUUGGAAUCAAAUGAAGAUAUUUCGAAUCUCUUUUGCAUAAUCAACUUGAGAGCACCUGGUCUACAGACGAGCAUUCUUGGUACUUUUCAUGCCUUGUGCCAAUCCCCCUCUGCAACAAAUAUCAAGACUGUAUUAUCCCAGUGCUCAGCUGUCCAGGUAUUGGUUCAGUUGUGUGAGCUUAAUAACCUAGAGGUACGGUCAAAUGCUGUGAAACUAUUCUGUUGCCUGGUAGAAGAUGGGGCUGAAAGUGAGAUUUUGGAGCAUGUGGGACAGAAUUGCAUCGAGACCUUAGUCAAGAUUAUCAGAUCUUCUAGUGAUGAGGAAGAGAUAGCUUGUGCAAUGGGUAUUAUUUCUAACCUUCCAGAGGACCUCCGGAUCACUAAGUGGCUUUGGGAUUCUGAUGCGCUUCCUGUCAUUUCCACUUUUUUUCUUGAUGGUAGGCAGAACAGUCCUCAUAAAAAUCAGCUAAUAGAAAAUGCUGUAGGUUGCAUGUCUCAUUUCACUGUUCCAACAAACCAGGAAUCACAAAAGAGAGUGGCUGAAAUUGGCACUAUACCUGUAUUGGUACAGCAACUCGAGUUGGGAACCACCUUGACAAAACGGCAUGCAGCCGUUUCUCUUGCUCAGUUUUCAAAGAGUUCACUCAGGUUGAGCAGGCCAAUGCCAAGGCGUGGGGGUUUGUGGUGUUUCUCGGCUCCACCCGAGGCUCGCUGCCCAGUCCAUGAAGGAAUCUGUACAAUUGAAUCAUCAUUUUGCCUUGUGGAGGCCGAUGCAGUGAAACCCCUCGUGAGGGUUCUUCAGGAUCCUGAUUCUGCAGCAUGUGAGGCUUCGUUAGAUGCUUUAUUGACCUUAAUUGAAGGCGAAAGGCUGCAAAGUGGCUGUAAGGUGCUCGCAGAAGCAGAUGCCAUACCACCAAUCAUAAGGUUACUGGGCUCUCCCUCACAGAGAUUGCUGGAGAAGGUUCUUGAUGCUUUAGAGAGGAUUUUCCGGCUGAUUGAGUUCAAACAGAAGUAUGGAGCCUUAGCUCAGAUGCCUUUAGUGGACAUAACCCAGCGAGGAAACAGUAUAAUGAAAUCGUUGGCGGCGAGGAUACUUGCUCAUUUAAAUGUGCUUCACGAGCAGUCCUCAUAUUUCUAGAGGAAUUUGUUGGGGUUUUGGGUCCCCAAGUUGAAUGAAUUGGAGCUUCUCAGUCUGAGCAGUUGAUGAUCAUGCACCAAAGCCAUUAUGAUGCAUUAACCUCGAAAGAAAGAUUUGAGCGGAUGCAGGAGAGUUCAGACCAAGCUUUGGUCUUCCACAUUUGCAAUGCAGAACAGGAAGCAACUCUUCUUGGCUGUGGAUGCACAUAUUAUAAGGUUAUGUGUACCUUGCUUUGUUUUGAAAGAAGGUUAUGCCUCUGUGAUGCGCAGUACCACAUUGGAGCAAGUCAUUCAAAAGAAUAUAUUGGCUGUUUUCUGCGAUAGGAAAUUAUUUAUUUCUCAUGUGUUCAAUUGUUACACGUGUUGAUUUCCUGUAUAGUUGAGAGUAUGAUUGGGUUUGGUGGAGGAGAAGGAGAAAUGGGUUUCAGCCACCACUUACGAAGUGGUUAAAUUUAGGUUAAAUUUUGAAUUAGAUUUUAAAUUCUUUGUUAUUGUAAUUUGAUUCUCCUGUAAAUGUUCUCCUGCGAACUCCAACGUGAAUUUGUGAUUGAAGACA